UCACAUUCACAUCCAUUUCAUCUUCACGGCUACUCCUUCUGGGUGGUGGCGAUGGAGCGCGUCACCAGUAGUGUCAAUGUUGACCAGAUUCGAGCCAUGGAUGAAAAUGGAUUAAUCCACAGGAAUUUAGUCGAUGCUCCCAUCAAAGACACGGUUGCUAUCCCCGAUGGCGGAUACACAAUCAUUCGUUUUACGGCAACUAACCCAGGCUACUGGCUGUUCCAUUGUCACCUGGAGUUCCACAUGGAAAUCGGAAUGGGACUCAUUUUUAAAGUUGGCGGACACGAAGACUUUCCGCCCAUUCCAGGAAGUUUCCCAACCUGUGGCGAUUGGCUUUUUUGAAGGAAAAUCACCGAAGUUAAGUUGCGUUUCAGAAAUUUUUCUUAAUUGUAGGUAUUGAAUUAGUUGCACGAUUUCACCAUCGACAUUUUCUAUGCUACCCAACGCAUACUGCGCGUGGUAUCCGCAAUUGUUCUCCGGUUUUUAAACUAACAUUCUUCAAACAAAACGCGAUGAUUUUAAAAAUAGCGUAAUCUGAGAAUCAUUAGAUUAUCGAAUGGUCAAGUGAAAUUAUUUGUUUAAAAUAGUUUUUUUAAUCAUUACAACUUUUCUUAUUCAA